AUGGACAACAAAUUGCAGAUUGUCAAUGCUUGUGAGUUGGAGCAAUCGCUUCUCCAAACAUCAAACUUAGGGCCCUCUUCGAGUCGGAUGUCAGCUAUACCAAAGAAUAUAAGUGCCUCCAACGUGACCUCAGACCUGCGGCCUCCGCUUGAGGUGACACCUGUCCAGUUCUCUGCAACACAGCUGAAUCUCAGUGAUAUUGAAUGCAUGGUGUACCCUCUGAAAAGAAAACUCAAAUUGGAUAAACAGAAGCUGCAUCCACUUAAAUACAACAAGACAGAUGCUCUAAAAGGCUAUGAGAAAGAGGAGGAGAUGCCUUGCUUUACCCACUCCUGGAAAGUGGGAAAUUUGCACCAAUUUUCACAGCUGAUACUUUUACAAAAGGAUCACCCUAUCCAGCCUCAGUGGCACAAGACUAUAAUUCCAGAUACUCAAAAGCCUAAGCCAGAAAAAUCAGAAGUUGAAGACCAGUCUGGGCAGCUUAGCAAAACUCUAUGUCAAAAUAUAAAAAAUGAUAAAGUGGACAUAAAACAUACCUCAGUAGAUCUUCAGUCCUAUCCCCAACAUGACCAAAAACAUGAAAAACAAGAACAAACAAACAAAAUGCACAAAAUGCAUGACCUCAGAGGUCAAGAAGUCCUUUUCAAGGAAAGUGGGUUUCACAAUUCUGUGACAAAGCAAGGACAUUUGAUUGAGAUCCAAGACUUGUUUAGCCCAGACUCAGGUACCCAGAAAGAACCUCGCACAGUCAUAGUACAUGGACCUGCUGGAAUUGGGAAAUCAGCAUUGGCCAGGCAGGUGAGAAGAGCCUGGCAGCAAGGCUGGCUAUACAGGGAUCACUUCCAGUAUGUCUUCUACAUCAACUGUAGAAAGCUGGCUAGGUAUAAGAUAUUGAGUCUGGCUAUGCUAAUGGCAAAAGAUUGGGAUAAGUCUGAAGUUCCAAUUGGAAAGAUUCUGUCUCAGCCAGAGCAGUUGCUCUUCAUCUUGGAUGGUGUAGAUGAGCCAAAAUGGGUCUUACAGGAUCAGAAUGCAGAGCUCUGUUGGCACUGGAGCUAUCCACUGCCAGUGUCUGAACUGCUUGGCAGUUUGCUAAGGAAAACUGUACUUCCUGGAGCUUCUUUUCUGAUUACAACAAGGACCACAGCAAUACAGAAGUUCAUUCCUUUUUUGGCACAGCCAUAUUGGGUGGAAAUCCUUGGAUUUUCUGAGUCUGGAAAGAAAGAGUAUUUCUUCAAAUAUUUCACGGAUGAAAAACAAGCAAUUGCAGCCUUUAGGUUGGUGGACUCAAACUCAGCUCUCUGGACACUUUGUCUUGUCCCCUGGGUGUGCUGGUUGGCCUGCACUUGCCUGAAGCAGCAAUUGGAACAUGGGAAUAAAUACCCUCUGACCUGUCAGACCACCACAGCCCUCUGCCUGCACUACAUUUCCCAAGUCUUUCCAGCUCAGAAACUAAGCUCAGAGCUCAGGGACCUCUGCUUUCUGGCUGCUGAAGGCAUCAGGAAAAGAGACACCAUGUUCAGUGCAGGUGACCUCAAAAAGCACCAGUUAGAUGAAGCCAUCAUUUUCACAUUCUUGAAAAUGGGUAUUCUUCAAAAGCAUAGCUCAUUGACAUACAGCUUUACUCAGCAAUGUUUCCAGGAGUUUUUUGCAGCAGUGUAUUUUAUCUUGUGGAAUGAGGAUGAAAGACAAGAACAUCUCAAUUGCAACAAAUAUAUGGAAGAGUUGCUAAAAAGAUAUGAAAGCCAUGACCUGUUUCAGGCACCAAUCUUGCACUUCCUGUUUGGCCUUUUAAGCACUGAGGGGGCUAAGGAAAUGGAGCACAUCUUCUCCUGCAAAUUGCCUUCUCAGUGGAAGUGGCAACUAUUUCAGUGGGCCCAAGAAAAGGCCCCAACCCAGCCUCCAUACUCUCUGGACUUCUUCCGCUGUUUGUAUGAGACUCAGGAUGAAGAGCUCCUGAAACCAGCAAUGGCUCACUUCCAAGGAACAAGAAUGUGUAUCCAGACAAACACGGAGCUCCUGGUGUUCACUUUCUGUGUUAAAUUCUGUAACCAUGUGAAGCAACUUCAGUUAAAUGAUGGUGGACAUCAGCCACAAGCAUCAUGGUCCCCUGAGGUAGCUAGGUCCAACUGGCUCCCACUGACAACUGCAAAUUGGAAAGCUUUCUUCGCUGUUCUUCAGGACAGUAGAAGUCUCAAGGAUCUGGAUCUAUGUGGAAAUCCACUGAGUCUCUGUGAUCUGCAGUAUCUUUGUGAGACCCUGAGAGAUACUCGCUGCUACCUAGAGACCCUAUGGUUGGCGAGCUGUAGUCUCACUGCUGAGGGCUGCAAGGACCUUGCCAUUAGCAUCAGCACCAACCACAGGCUGAUCAACCUGGACCUGAGCUUCAACAUGAUAACAGAUUCUGGGGCCCGGCACCUUUGCCAGACAUUGGGAAGUCCACAGUCCAAGCUUCAACGACUGCAGCUGGUCAACUGUGGCCUCACAUCCAGGUGUUGCAAGAACCUGGCCUCUCUGCUCAGCAGCAACCCCAGCCUGAUGGAGCUGGACUUACAACAGAAUGACCUGAGCACCCACGGUGUGCAGCAGCUCUUUGAAGGACUCAGGCACCCCAACUGCCGACUCACACUUCUGUGUCUGGACCAAACCUUUCAAAAUGAAGAAUUGAGCAAGGAACUAAAUGCCCUAAAAGAAGAGAAGCAUCACUUGCAAAUCUGCAGCAGGUGGAACCGAAGUGUGAUGGAUUCUCCUGAGGACCAAGAUGGAAGAAUAAUCGAUAAUAGCACAUCAUCACUCCAGCAGAGAUCACAGUCAGGAACCCAUCACAUUGAGCCUCUAGGCACUGAAAAUGACUUCCAAGGUCCCAUGGGGCCUGUGGCUACAGAGGUGGUUGACAAAGAAAGGGGCUUAUACCGAUUUUAUAAGUCCCCAGGUGAGACACAGCAGGAGCUCCUGAGAAUUCAAAGCAUGAAAGUUUGGAGUAAAGCAGGAGCAGAGACCUCAGGGGGAAGUGUGGACACAUCCUUAUUCCAUGUGGCCCACUUUAAAGAGGAGGGGAUGCUCCUGGAGAAACCAUCCAGAGUGGAGACACAUUACAUAGUCCUAGAAAACCCCAGCUUCUCCCCAAUGGGAAUUUUCUUGAAAAUGUUCUCUACUGCUCGGCGCUUCAUUCCUAUCAAUUGCACCACGUUGCUCUACCAUCAGCUCCAACCUGAAGAUGUCAAAUUUCACCUCUACCUGAUCCCAAGUGACUGUACCAUUCGGAAGGCAAUAGAUGAUGAAGAAAAGAAGUUCCAGUUUACACGAAUACACAAGCCACCCCCAAUGGACUCUCUGUACAUAGGCAGCUGCUACACUGUGUCUGGUUCAGAGAACCUGGAAAUCAUCCCGAAGGAACUAAAGCUCCAUUAUCGGAGUUCUGGAGAAUCUCAACUCUUCUCUGAGAUUUAUGUUGACAACUUUGGAUCAAGAAUUCAACUGCAAAUUAGAAACAAGAAUGAUGGAGCAACAGUAUGGGAGGCCUUGUUGAAACCAGGAGACCUCAAAUCUGCAGCGACCCCUGUCUCUCCAGCUACCACAGCUUCACCUUCAUCUUUAAAUGUUCCAUCCAUGCCACAUUUUGUGGACCAACAUAAGAAGCAGCUGGUGGAACGAGUGACUUCGGUGGACUCAGUCUUAGACAAGCUGUAUGGAUCUGUGCUGAGUGAAGAGCAGUAUGAAAGUGUGCGAGCUGAGGUCACCAAACAAAACCAGAUGAGGAAGCUCUUCAGCUUCAGCCGAUCCUGGGACAGGGAAUGCAAAUGUCAUUUCUACAAAGUCCUGAAGGAAACCCAUCACCAUCUGAUUAUGCAGCUCUGGGAGGACUGGGGCAGAAAAUCAAAUACACUUGACAGUUACAGCUGAGCAGUUGAGGACUGAGGAAUCACCUUCAAACUUUGGCCUUGACAACCUUUAGGGGAGAUUUUAGUUUCUUCAUCUAUUAAUAGGUUGCUAUCUGAGGUGUUCACCAGUUGUCAAGUUAGGGAAUAUGCCUGCUAUGUAUACUAUAUGUCCUGCCCAGGAUGCAUCCCGGGUCCCCAGACUUCUUUCUUUGGCUUUCAGAGUUCAGCUCUCUGGGUGAAAUAACAGCAUCUCAAGGGAAGUCAAUGUGAUUUGUGAAGAUUCGUGUGCAACAUAUAAAGCCUGUUUUUCUGCCCACAACACUGAGCAUAGAGACCUCUUUGUCCAUCUAGAUGCAGGCAGGAGGGGUGAGGGUGGAUAUAAAACUGCUUGCCUCUGGCAUAGAUAUACAGAGGAAAUGAACCUGUUCUUAUGUCCCAUUCAAAGGCCACCUGUAUAAGGGCAUCAGAGUAGGUUGCUAAGAGCCUGGAGAAAAUACUUGGAGACUGCGAGGGAUAACAUUUUAUAAUUAACAUCAGUGAGACCUGUAAGGAUUCCACACACACAUCAGUGAGCAGAUGUAGUUUGCUUACUUAUAACAUUUGUUUUGGAAAAACUAGUGGUAUACAUAUUUGCAUCACAUGUAUG